GCCAGAGUGAGUGAGUGACCGGGGUCCAAACUUUCAGAGACAUUCUGUGAAAACCAAGAAACACUGCGUUAGUUUCAGCAUGAACACGGCUCUGAAGCACUGGAAAGAAGCGGCCACUCUCAUUUUAGCCGCAGGACACCGGCUCGGCCCGGACACUUUAUCGUCAAGGACACCGCUGGCAGCUUCCGCAGUUUCCCUGCCGGGCAGCAGCCAUGGUCGGUCACAGCUGCCGCACAAGUCCCGCUACGACUACGACGUGUUGCUACUGAAAAGAAGCGGCAAGAGCGGUUUCAUGCCCAACGCUUACGUUUUUCCUGGCGGGUUGCUGGACUCCUCGGACUUUUCGAGUGAUUGGCUGGACAUUUUCAAAUCUUUCAGUCAGUUCCCCAGUUUUGGUUUGAGAAGCGUCAAGCAGCCGGUGGAGACCAGACCGCCGAUCUUCGCCACGGACCGGCGGAAGCUCGGCUCUCCCAUCCCCGGAGAGGUCGCCAUCCGGAUCUGCGCCUUGAGGGAAACGUUUGAGGAAUGCGGCGUGCUGCUGGCCGUGUCAAAAACGGAGGCGAAAAGUAUGUUAAAAAGCUCAGAGGACGUUUGUGCCGCUCGACAGCACGCAGUAAACGAGCUGGACGGCGGUGAGCUCAGUAAAUGGAGGGCUCUGGUGAACCAGAACCCCUCCAACUUCAUCAGGAUGUGCAGGGAGCUGGAGGUGCUGCCCAACAUCUGGGCUCUGCACGAGUGGAGCAACUGGCUGACCCCCAUAGGAAGAUAUGGCACCAAGAGGUUUGACACAGCUUUCUUCAUAUGCUGCUUGCAGGACGUCCCGCACACACUUCAAGACGAAAACGAAAUCGUGCGCUUUCAGUGGUCCACACCUUCAGAGAUUCUGCAGAGCUUCCAGGCGCGGGAGUUGUGGAUCCCGCCUCCGCAGUUCUACGAACUCAGUCGCAUGUGCCGCUUCCCUUUGCUGAAUGACCUCCACGGCUUCGCCCGCCAGCGCGCCACGGAGGGCUGCGAACAGUUUCUACCUGUCAUCGUCGUUACGGAUGAACACUCGAUGUCACUGCUGCCAGGUGACAAACUUUACCCAUCGGACACUUCAGAAAAGCCUGAGGUUGAUCAGAGCGCUAACUCUCAACCGCAGGAUCCUCAGGAGGAUUCUGCACUGCACCGCAUGGUGAUGUCCGACCCGUACACUACAACUAUACAGAUCACCAUCCUGCCCAAGCACAACCACCUGCUCCCUGUUGCCUUGACACAUGACUCAAAAAGUCAGCUUUGACCUGCUUUAAAACUCUUCCUAUUCCAGUACAUAUAGAAAUAUAAUAUAUGGGGAAAAGAAAUCAUGAAUAAAUAGAUCUUUAUUCUAAUAUCUUUAUUGUUUACCAGUUUUAUUUAAUUUUCGACUGCGUCGGAUUGUUUUUCGUUUGAUCUGCUCUUUUGGGAAAACGCCCCUGAUCUGUCUCGCUUGUUCUUUAUAUAACAAACAUACAAUUGACAAAUCUGAAGUGACCACUGAUGGCCUUAUUCUACCCUGGACUUUUAGGUUCUUAGGUACUGAUAGGCACACAGAUAUUCAUUUCCAUAUGUGGUACACAAAAGCUGACGUCACUUUAAGAGACUCUAAAGCGGUUCGAUCAAAAGUAGUUUAAGCUGCUGGGUUUUGUUUGGUUAAUGGUGCCGAUUCAAAAUAUAGGAAUAGUUUGUUUAGAAAUACUGUAUAUCAGUCAGAUGUGACUUUUUUUGUUAUUGUCUAAUGUGUCAAAUCUCUUGUCUAAAAUUUCAAACCACACCCCUCAUCCCCCCUGUGUAAUAAAAUGUGACUUGAAAAUAAAUUCAAAAUAUUUUUUUGUUCUUUGCAA